CUGUUUCGUUUUCUCUAAAACAAAAAUGGCAUCUCACGGAAAACGUGGAGACGGCGUUAGGCUCAAAGUUAGAAUGUUCCCCACGGAAAUAGUGGUUGAUUCUGCUAUUAAAACUAUUACCAUAGAACCUUUUUGGAUGAUGGUAUUUUUUGCGGAAUGCCAUUCUAUUCACGAUGUUAAAGAUACAAUUUUGUCCAAGCUCAAUAUGCGUGCCAACAAAAUAAAAAUAAUUGACAAUAAAUUAAAAAAUAGUGGUAACUGGAGUUUGAGUAUGGAAUCAGAUAAUGAAGCUGAAAUAUUUGAAAGCAAUGCAGAAAGUGAUGAUCAGCAAAAACCAAAAUCUCGUACAAAAACAUCAACCAAAACCAAUCACAGUUCUACAGUUCCCAUCGCAACUCUUGCUAAUAAACAAAGUAUUACAAUAACUCCUCAUCCUGUGACUGUGAAGCCAAAGACCGUGACAAAAUUGAUCAGAUUUGAAUCAUGUCGUCUAAGUAUCGACAACUGUGUUUUACCUAGCUGUGAAAGAUCAGAAAUUUUAAAAGAUGAUGACUUAGUAUCUGUUAAAGUGACGUAAGUGUCCAGAAUGUUUUGUGCAACCUAACCCACGCCUACAGUUUUAGAUUUAUUAUGAACAAGUCCUCUUCUAAUAAUUAUAUAUAAUUUUUGAGGCCUAAAAUAUUUUAUUUGUUAUGAGAAAUAUGUGCUGAACACUUAAAUUGUCUUUAUUGAUAUUGAAUGUAUAGUUUGGAUGCAUCAUGAAUCAUUAUAUAUAUUUAUAUGAAUAUAUAGUAAAUAGGGCAUAUUCAGAAAUGGGCCUAAUAAAAGAAGUCUAAAAAGAGGCCAUAAUAGGCUAUCCAUAAAUGAUGUCAAACAAAUUUUUAUGACCCCUCUCCAUUUCCCGCUUCGUCAUCACAAAAAGUUAGACCCCGCCCCCUUCAAAUACAACAUCAAAGACCUCUGCACCCCCCUCUCUUUUAAAAAAUCCAUCUGUCCACUACUGUCCUUUACAGACCCUUAAAAAAUACCCCCACCCCCCCAAUGGCUGUCGGAUUACGGCACCUGUAAUUCCUGCCUCCUGCCUUUAAAAAUAAAAAUCAGUUUGGUUAGCAGCAGUAAAUCUUUUUUUCUGGUGAAUUUUGUUUGUGAAUUACUUUUUUUUUUUUUUUCUCUUUUUCCUAGAAAGUUAAUUUAACAAAUAAAACUGUAAUAACUUAAUUUAAUUAAUUAUUUUCAUUAAAACAUUUUUUAAUACAAUAUAAUUUAUACAGGGGACAAAGGGAUUUAAAUAAAAAUCAGUUUGGUUAGCAGCAGUAAAUCUUUUUUUCUGGUGAAUUUUGUUUGUGAAUUACUUUUUUUUUUUUUUUUCUUGUUCCUAGAAAGUUAAUUUAACAAAUAAAACUGUAAUAACUUAAUUUAAUUAAUUAUUUUCAUUAAAACAUUUUUUAAUACAAUAUAAUUUAUACAGGGGACAAAGGGAUUUUGGGAAAAGUUUUGAAAUUGUGAGGGGAUGCUGCGUUGCAAAAAGUUUAACAAUCCCUGCCCUUGAUCAUUUAUUAAAAUCCCCCCUUCCCCCUACACCAUUUUCUUUCCAACUCACUUCCAACUCACUUCACCUGGUAUCCCAAAUUCUAUGAAUCCCGUCUCCACAAUUUCGAUAUAAAUUGUCACGAUUGUCAAAGUGCAUACACCCAGAUUCUCUUACUCCGUAGGGGUUCUGUAAUUUGAUCAAAGGCCCUUUCUUGGACCUCACAUACAUGUACUGAUUCUCUUAGUGAUUGCAAUUUAAAAAUAAAAUAAUUACAAUUGUUUUGUACAAAAAUAAUAUUACAAAUGUCUGUAAUUUAGUGUUAUGAAGUGUAUUUUUUUUCAAGAAUGUUCGCUUUAAAUGUGACGUCACAUUGCUUACCCCCGCCACUCAACAUCUCAAAAAUGUCCCGUCCCCCCUCCCUCCCCUCAACCAAACAUGUAACAUCAUUUGUGCAUGGCCCGUAAUGAUGAGAGUAUGAAUAUGACUUCAAAUAAAACAACUUAUAUAAAAUGUAUUUGAUUUGAGUGCCCAUAUGAUCUGUGUUAUUUAGAGAGAAUUGUGUUUCUUCUAUAUUCUCAUUUUUAAGGAUAAACAUGAGGCCUAGACUCUAAUACUAAUUAUUGUGGACAAUUUAAAAGACUUUUUAAAAAGUUUAUCCUAUGGAUAUAUGUUACGCUCAUUAAUCAGAAACUGCCUGUAUGCAGCUUAUCUACUAUCUAGGCAAAUAUUAUCUACACAUGAAUUUUGCAAGAUUAACAAACAUGAAAAUAAUUAAAGAAAAAUGAAUUCCAUAUUAUUACCAAAUCUAAAUGAUCACGAAUUAUGUCAUUGCUGUCAUUAAAGGAGUUUAUUUAUGGCUGGUUUCUAUGCUAGAGAAAUACUUUAGAUGUAUUAUGUUUAAUAUGUUUUAAUUGUAAAAUAUUGUCUUUUUUAAAUAGGUAUUUAUUUAUGUACUGAAAAUGAGUAUAUACAAUGUAAUUAAAACAUUUCCAUUUAUUUGGAUCUAUAAAGAAUCUUAUCUUGUAUAAUCCAGAGUCUUUAGUACACAAAUUACCAUGAAAUUGAUUCUGCAUUGUCUAAACAAGGGCUCCUCACAACACAAAGUUAUUUACAUUAAUAAAAACAAAUUUCAGGUUAUGAAAAGGUUCGAACCAAUUUUAUUAUUUUGGAGCUCUAAAAAUAGGUUUCAAGUCUGCUAUAUUACUAUAUAAAUAAUAUAAAUAUUAGAUUUAAUAGCAAGUUUUAAAAUGAUACUUAUUAUUUAUUUGAAGUAUGUUGAGAUUAAAUGUAUACAAAGUAAACUUUGAAUGGAAAUGUAUUUAAAUGAAAGAUUAUAAAUCUUCUGAGUUGUCACACUUUGUAAAAGCACAUUAUUUAAUUUCUAAUUAUUCAAUUAUUUUAUUGCAGUAGUUGCAAACUGUGUGAACUAGGGUCAUUAGAGUUGGACAGAAGUCAACAGAAAAUCUUCAAAUCGAGAAAGUUACUAUCAAAAUCAGAUGAAUUAGUGGAAAAUGGUGUCCAUUCUGAUGAUUUCUUUUUUGAAAAACCUGCAGCAAAUUGUGAUAGUAUUUCUUUAAACACAGAUGAGUCUUCUGAAAUUAAGUCAAAAACUAAGUACAAAAAAAGGAAAAGAACUGUGUCACAUGAAAUUGAUCAAUCACUGAUAAACAUAGAUGAAGAAACCAGCAAUGAAGAAAAAAAGGGAGUGUCUGAAUGUGAGAAUAAUAUUAUUAUGACCAGUUGUUUGGUAGAUGCAAUUGACAAGUCACCAGGAAAAAAGCGCAAACGAUCUAACAAAAGAAAUAGAAUGAAACCUUCAUCUGAAGACGACAACUCAGACCUACGUAAUCUUGGCACGGAUAUAAUUAAUUUAGACCAAGAGUCAACCAGUUAUCAAGAAAAUGGAAUUAGUAAUAAUAUUAUUGAUGCAAUCAAAGGAUUUAUGCCAGAACCUCAAAAUGGAGACACAAGAAUUAUUAAUAACUCCAAAGAAAAAGAUGAACAAAAUGUCAGUGAGAUGGAAAUGGAAAAUUCUGUUGAAACUGUCGCCAGUUCAAGGGAGAGUAAUCUACCACAUAGUGAGAUUGAUGCAUCCAAUUACUUAGAGCAGUUGUUGAAAAAGAGGGCAGAAGAGCUCUCAGCCAGAAACAGUAAACCCACAUGUGAUAGUCUUACUGAAAACACAACAGAUCAGCCGAAGCGUAAAAGGAACCGCAAAAGGAAAAAGAAAGGGACCAGUGCUUCAAGUGCCCAACCUUUGGAAACUGCCGUUACCCAAACGGAUUACUCAUUACAUCUUCCACCUCAUCUUAUGCCACAAAACAGCCGCCUGACAUUUGACCGUGAAGAUGAGUUUACUGUGCCGGAGGUUAACAGGGAUGUAAGCUUCCUUGACACUCCUGUGACCACUACGGCACCGAAAAACUCAGAAAGCAAUGAAGAAGUACAAGUAAGUAAAAGAAUUCUUAAGCCUUUACAUGGCAAGCUGGCAGAACAAAACACCUUGUCAGGAGAUAAAAGUAGUCAAAUAAAUGGCGAUGAUCAAGAGAAAAAAAAAGAAAUUCCUGUACUACCUCACAGUUCUGGGGAUAGAAGUUUCCAAAACAGUGUCAGGUCUAUGCCAGUUAAACCAAGCUUGUCAGAUGCAAAUUUAAGAAGGGCAACAGUUAGUUUUAUUGACAGAGCACUGAUGACACCCAUGAGUGAUGAUGCACACCAAACAUCAAAUACAAGCACCCCCUUGGGGACACCCAUAGACCCCACUGAUAAAUUUCAACAGCUCCUAAGACAGAGAAGCUUUUCUGGUCGGCAGUUGGAGGUAAGCAAAUCUGUCGCAGGGCACUCACUCUGUGUCUCUCACAGAAAGAAGAGGGACAAGAGUUUUGAUGCAAGUUUUUCCAGUGCGGCCGAUCCUGAAACUGAUGUGCUCACCAACGUUUCAACCAUCCAACAGGUAGUUAGAGUUUUUAAAAUAAAAUAGUCUUAAAAUCAUUAGUUACUUUAAAAAUACUAUAAAAAAAAAAGCCCCCAAAAAUUAUCUCUGUAAUUUGAAUUGGGCUUUAUUUUAAUUUUUCUCAAAUUAUCAUAAACAUUUUCUAUUUCACAUAAUUAUUAAAUUUAAAAAAAAGAAAAUCUCAUUUCAAUUAAGCAUUAGUUUCAAAUAGAGUCAGUAAAACUUCUUUUGUGAAAAAGUAAUUAUUGAAAUUGAAGAGGAAAAAUGGGAUAACACCUCUGAGAAGUUAAAGUUUUAUCGUUAUAAACAAUUUUCUCCAAUCAUAUGUAGGCCACCUCACUCCAGCCAAGUCCAGCCCAAAGACAGGCCACUGAAUUACGUCAAUCAACAGAUACCAGCAGAGCUAUCAUUACUCAGACUUCAUCCAACCAAAGUUUUAAGUCAGCUGAUGUCAACGAUGAGAAACUAAAAGGUCUACCAAAGGCAGGGGAUAUUCUGGUUUUCAAAGUAAGUAUGAAGGUGGUGGUAGUAUUUGAAGUAAGUAUGGAGGUGAUGGUAGUAGCUGAUCUGUUUACCCUCAAACACUUAAAAUCGUACAAUAUCAUCACAAACUCGUUGAAUACAUUAUCUUAAUAGUAAAAAAAAAUAGCCCUACAGUAUAUAUGAUGUAUACACCUCAAAAUCGUACAUUAUACGCCAAAAUCAUAAGAGUAAACAGGUCUGUUGUAGUUGAAGUAAGUAUGGAGGUUGUGGUAGUAGUUGAAGUAAGUAUGGAGGUUGUGGUAGUAGUUGAAGUAAGUAUGGAGGUUGUGGUAGUAGUUGAAGUAAGUAUGGAGGUGGUGGUAGUAGUUUUUGUUGCUUUUCAAUGAAUUCUUCUUUGUUUUGUGAAUUAAUAUAUUUACUUUUUUAAUCUUUAACCAUUUUUUAAACAUAAAACAAAUUUCUAAUGUAGAAAAUACUAUUUUUUUCAAUUUAAAGACGUAAAUUUCAAAGAAUGUAAUCUAUGAUGUAAAUUCUUAUUUUCAGAAGAAUUCAUACAUUUUCUCAGUGUUAUCGUGACAUUCAUAAUGGUGUUUGCUAAUAUACAUGGGCACUUAUUCAUUUACAAUAUUUGUUGUUGUGGAAGUCCAGUCACAUCUGAUUAUUUAAUCUGAUAUCAAAAAUAACUUUACAGAGCAGUAUGUUGUUAAAAAAACCCAAAAAACAACGAUCAGCAAAGUUGCUUGUUAGCAGCCAAGUUGGCAUGGGAUAAAAAAAAAGGGCCAUCCACACUAUCACAACACCAACAACAUAAAGAAUGAGAAGUGUUUAAAAAAAACAAUCUUAUGUCCUAGAACUUGGUUAAUUUUAAAUAUAUAUUUACGUUCUAGGUUCUUGAACUAUCAGAUGACUACACACCUACCCUGUCUGACUUCAAGGUUUGUCAAACUGUUUUAUGAAUUUGUGAUACACAGUCCAUAAUAACUCAAUUCAUAUUGCAAAAUAAAUCUAAAACAUUCCAUUUUUUUUCCUAUUUCUAGUAUGUGGUCAGGUGUUAAAGAGAAAAUGUGAACCAAAAUUAUUUAAAGACCAUACAUAAUUUUCCUUCUAAUUAAAAUCCCCCUCAGCUUUGUGAUCUAGAAUUUAUUAAAUACACAAAGCUGGACGCCUGUUAAUAUUUAAAGGUCAGCCAUGUGCUGUUCAUUUCUAUUUUCUAACUUCAAAAGCUGGACUCUGUGAAGACAUGUAUAUCCAACCUAUACUGUUUUCUUUCCUCCCUACCAAUAUUCUAUAACAGGAGGCCAAAGUUCUUCAUGUUGACUCUGAGUCCUUCUCAGUUCAAGUAGAGUUGAAAAAGGAGAAAGGUAAGAAAAGUAUUUAAUUGUUGAGUUUUGUUGCAAUUCUUACACCGGUAGUUAUAAAACUGUUUUAUAUUUUCAUAAGUAUAAUCUUGUGUUGAAAUCACCAAGUCUUAAUCAGUGCCAAGUAAAAUUUUGGUGAAAAAAUUUAUACAUAUGAAUAUUAAAUAACUUAUAUUUUUUUAUUUUUUGCAAAUAAAAUAAAUUACAAAUUGUUCUUGUUUUUUAAGGAAAGGGUAUAGAAUUAUAGAACACCAAAAUGAAAUUCAAAAUGUUAUCUUUAAAUAUUAAUUCUUAUCUUCAAAUAAUACAUCUCAGAUAAGAAUUUAGAAAUUCAUUUAGUUGCAAUAUUUCAAGAAAAAACAAUUAUGCCAAGGGUAGCAUAGACUUGCCCUAUGAAUUUAUUUUAUUUAAAAAAAAUUUCAGUCACUUUUUUAUAAUACAUUUGCUUCUCAGUGAAUUAAGCGAUAGAUUGAUCCGGUUAGGUAUUACUUCUUCUUUGCAAUAUCAUCUCCCUGUGGAGGAAAGACCAUUAACAAUAAUAUUUCCACUCCUUCUGGUCCCUUGAAAUCUUCUCUAACUCUUUCCAACUUCGUUCCAGUUAAGUCAUUAGGUAAGUUUAAAAAAGAACUGUUUAACUUACCCUAUUUGGCUCAUCUGCUUAAAAUAACUAUCAACAAAUUGUUCUUUUGAAAUUUAAUUGUCACCAGUCGUAUUUGUUUUCCCAGAGGAUAGAUGUUCAAAGUACUUUCUCAAAUUGUUUUUACAAUAAUUAAUUUCUAAACAUUGAGUUGAUGCAUGAACUAUUUAACACUGAAUUAAUGCAUGAAAUGCUUACAUUGAAUUGAUGUUGCUGUGUUUCAGGGAGACAAAGAAGGCAAGGCAGGUUUGAACUGAACUAUGGGGAGGAUGAAGAUGAGGAUUAUGGAGAAUUCGAACAAGAUAACGUUGUAAGUCUUUCUUUUAAUUCUUUAAAUGCCCCUUGGGUACAUAAAGAAGUGUAAUUUACAAAAUAACAUUAGGAGAACUGAGUGACAAUUUCAUAGAAGCAGCUCAAAAUGGUGGGUGGGGGGGGGGGUGGUUUGGAGGCAGUUGGCCAUUGUCAGUGGCAAAAAGUUAAGACACACCACUGAGUAAGUCACAUUCAUAGUUAUAGACUUGAUAAGCGAUUUGGGUGCUUUUGUGGUUCAAAUCUUUUUGCCAAGUCUCCUGAUGUUGGAUAAACAUGCCCAUGUCUAUGUGAGUGUCUUAUAAAUUCUCAAACAUAUGAUGAUCCUGAAAGAACCUUUGUAAAAAAAUAACUUGAGUAAAAAGUAAAGGUGCAAGACAAAUGCUUGAAAUUGAAUACAAAUAAAAUAAUAAUAAUGCACAUACAUUUUGAAACAGCAUUAGAAAUAAUUUGUCUUUGAUCAUUUAUAUUUGUGAUCUUAUUUAUUACUAAAAUAAGAGGAGGACUUCCUGCUUUAGCAGUUAUGUAGUUGAUAAAGUGCGGGGAAAAUAAUCAAUUACAAACCAUCAUGGUUAAAAUAGGAUCAUUGUGCACAUAGGUAAGGGGAGGGCACUUAAAAAUUAAAUCACCUGAAUUAAUUGAAUUAAUGAUGUCCCUUUGUGGACCAGUUUACCCCCCCCCCCCCCCCCCCCCCCCCCCGUACCCCCCUUAUGUAAUUGUGCAUAUAUCACCAACGGCUUUAGAUCAAAUGCCCAAAAUGCUGCUAUAUUUAAGAAUUAAGAAUGACACUUUGUUCCUGAACUUAAUCCCAUCUAUAUUUCAAUGGUUCUGUUCUACUGCCUUUAGAAAACUUUUUUCUUCUUUGUGACCCAUUUCUUUCAUUAGGGCUUGUAACAUCUGUAACAACUUUUUUUUUUGUACCUACAGGUAAUCUAUGGUCUUUCUGAGCUGUUGGAGAUGUCAGUGAUUUCAGGAGCAGAUCACGGCAGACCAAGAAAGUAAUCCAUGCAUUUAUUUUUCAGUUAUGUUUUUUACAUGAAGCAGUAAACAAAAGUUGAUUACUGUUAAAGCAGGUCAGUUUACUGUUGAUUGGGAAACCAUUUAAAAAGAAGAACAACAACAAAA